ACAUUAGUUGUAAUAUGUUUUUCUGAAAAACCAGCAUCUGCAUCAAAAAAAAUAUCAAAAUUCAAUCAUAAGCAUCUUUAGAAACGCGACGUUACUUUUCUUUUAUCAGCUCAGCUGUCAAAUCGUAAAUAUCCACGAAAUUGUUUUGUUAUUGUGAAGAAGUGAUAGGUGAUAGUGGAAGAAAAUGAGUGGGGUGGAAAAGAAGAAGAUUCCGCAGCCGCCAGCGCCUGCUGUUGCCCCCGGCAACCUGUUGUCCAGCGUGGCACCUCCUUCGCAGCUGCCUAACUUCGUUACUGCAAGCCCCAUUGUGCCCACCGUUGAGGUACCCCCAGCAGUUGGUCAGCCUGUACCAGUCCCAGUUCCAGUGCAGCCUAUAAUAGUGCAGGCCAGAGAUGAACCACCGCCGCAACCUGAAGAUACUGAGAAAUUCAGCCCAGCUAUUCCGUUGAGCAAGGGUGAACCGCUGAUGUCUAUCAGGUCACCUGAAGACUCGCAGGCCACACAAUCACCAGAUUCUUUGCCAGACUCAACCCCAGAAAUUGACAAACUUGGUGAUAUAAUGCCCGGUAGUGGACUGUUUACGUGGAUGAAGGGCGCUGUCUCCACUGGAGGCAUACUACAGCGGGUGGCGGAGAAGGCAAAGAGUUCUGUUGACUCCAUGAUCACCACGCUUGACCCUCAGAUGAAGGAGUAUCUUAGAAGUGGAGGCGAUCUCUUAGUGGUUGUUGCAUCAGAUAAAGAAGUUAAGAUAUCACCAGUCAGAGAAGCAUUUCAGACAGUAUUUGGCAAAGCUAAUGUAGUUGGCUACGCAGCACAGAGUGACGUCACAGCGGAACAGCCGGUUGGCUACGCGGCGGCUUACGCGGCGGCUAAACAGAGGAUCGCGCAUAUACGCUCCGAACAUGGAGAGCUGAACAAUAAUGUACCUGUUGUCGCUGUUGAAGGGUUCUUACAUGAGUCUGUUACUGACAGAUGGUACGACAUGUCCCUACUCAUCUUAUCCCAGCCGUCCUUAGGCAUAGAGCUACAGCUGCAGUCACAAGGCACCCCCGUGCCCUGCGCCGCCGUGGCCGCCGCCCGCGCCGCCACGCCCACAGACUAUGUGCACGCGCAGACCGGCUGUAGCGUCACUAUCGGCUCCAUUAUGGGGGCUAGUCUACAGGUACCACACAAUGAAUGGCAAGAGGCAUCGACCGGUGUAUCAAGACGGGAGCUCUUACACUUGGCGGCUCGCUCGCUGGCCGGCUCAUACAAACAACUGCUAGCCGUGUCUGCCAACGAGGCGUAGGACAGACGAACUUAUGUACAGGACACGAGAAGUGUUAAGAAUCUAAUAAAAUAUAUCGUAAAGUAUACCUACUUAUAUAAAUAUAAUAAUUAUUAUUAUUCAUAGUUAAGUGUUAUACAAAUAAAUUUUAUUUGGGGCCAAAUGUG